CCAAUCCUCAAAAUCGACAACAACAACAUCAUCAUAUUGUGAUUGUUCAUCAAAUGAAAUUCAGCCCAUAACGUAUCGAGUUUGUUUAAAUUGCCAUAAGCCAUUGAGUUAUUUUAAUGAUGAUAGUAUAGCGGACAAAGAAUGCUCUAAUUUGUUACAUGGUACAUCAUCAAUACCUUUGAUCAGUAUUGAUAAUCAUUUGUCAACUGAUAGAAGAGUAUAUCAAUUAGCAAGCCAACGACCAACCAAUAAUGUUGCCUAUAGGCCGAUCAUCAAUGAAAACACUAUAGAUGCUAUUACAUUAGAUUUGAUAGGACCAUCAUCUGACGAAUCGUUGUUCCAAGAUUCAUCAACAUUUCUCAUGAUGACAAACGACGAAGAUGAUGAUAUGGAUCGGCCACAAUUCUGUCACAAAUGUAACAUUUGGUAUGGUAGCUUAGAUCCAAGCUAUCCGAUAACAUGCCAUUGUCCUGAAAUGAUCAAAUCAAAUGCCAUGAACAUGAAUGAUAGUGGAUCGAUAUACUCCGUACAUAUGCGUAAAGAUUUCAGAUAUUAUUUUCAACAUCCAUAUUCUCGCUUAUUUGUUGCCUAUUUUGUCAUCUUUUGCAAUUUUCUUAUCUUUGCUGAGGAUCCAUUGAGUCAUUCAUUAAUGGAAUGUUCCAUACCCGUGUUAGGAAAUGUAAUAUCAUUAUUGUUUACCAAAUAUCCACCCGAAUUCGAGUGGCGAUUCAUCAAAGCAUCUAUGUCCAUUUCAGCUAUUAUACUUGGUUUAUUUAUCGGUAAAUUCUUCCUACAUCAUAUAGUUUUGCGGCGAAUACUUCGACUAAAGAUGUUUCGUGAAGAAAGUGGAACAUGGAUGAUAAUGUUAAUUUCAUCUGUGUUAUCAUGUUAUUUUGCUUCACAAAUAUACAAUGCAUUGUUAUUGAUGUUUCAUCCGGCUUUUCAUAGUUAUUUGAUAACAUCGAAAAUGGGUAUCACAUAUGCAUUGUUCAUGAAAAUAGCUGCAUGUGGAACAUGGUGUGGUGAUUUUUUCACUGCCUGGAUGAUCACCGAUAUGAUGUUACAAGAUAACCUAUAUCCUAAAUGGGCUAUUGGUCUUCGGGAAUUUUGGUAUAAACAUGCUAACAUUCGUAUUCUGGUAUUCUGGUCAGGAUCGCUAGUCAUUGCAGCUUCAGUCAUAACAAUCAUUUUGACUGAAGUUAUCUGUUGGGAUUGUAUAACUUAUGGCCUAUUCUCAACAACAGAAUUUUCUCGUGCAUUUCUCGCUUCGGCUAUUUUAGUCAUGGAUCUGCUUAUUGUUAUGCAAGAUUGGGAUUUUCCUCAUUUUGUCUGUGAUCUCAAUAUAAAACUACCCGGUCUUCUACAGCCUUCAUAUACAUUAAAUUUUUUUCGUAAAUCACUCAAAUUUCCACCCGUUGAAAUUAAAAUCACUGGCAAAUGGUUCAACUAUGGAAUCAUCGUAUUUGUAAUGAUGUUAGACUUGAACAUGUGGAAAAAUCAAGUUAUUUAUUAUCCAUCCAAUUACGGUCAAUAUGUAGAAACUAUUACAAAUCGUGUAUGUAGCAUUACUGAUCAAAAAUCAAUCGAUAUUUUACAUCGAGGAGAUGGUCUAAUUGAUUGGUCUUAUGAAAAUCGCAGUCGAAUGAUCGAUCCACAAACAAAUCGUACUUAUAUUCAAGAAGACCUAAUAAUAUAUGCACGUUAUUUUGGAUAUCCAUGGGUCUAUAAAAUGGCCAGCUUGAUCCCAAUUCUAGCCGGAUUUGCAUUUUUCUUAUUUCUCGUUUAUUUUUACGGUCGUUUUCCACCAAAAACUGAUGCAUCAUUGGGUGGUAGAUUGCCCAAACGAAGAUCUUAUCGCUCAAGUUGGCGUCGUGAACGUCGUGAUAAUCGUCUUAGAAUCAAUCAUCGCAAACGGCAUAUUUCUUGGCCAGGCCUCAAUACAGUAUUUGAAAAGUAUCAAAAUCGUUAUGAUUUAUCAUUACCAAACAAAAUGCCGAAUGAUGUCGACAUUGAUGCGAAAAUAUCAUCAGCUAAUUAUCAAGAUAAAUUAUUCGAACAAAAUGAGCAUAACCACAUAAUCACCGAUACAAAAAUCGACAAUAUUUCGAAUUCGAAUGCUCAAAAAACAUCAUUAAAUUCAGAUAAUAAUUGUAAUUCAAAAUCAAAUCUACCACUGAAUCCAUUAAUUAACAUAUUGACUCCUAUAUCAUCUCGUUUCAUAUUAUCAUUACCAUCGAAUCCAUUGAAAAUUUGUGCAUUUAUAAUGCCCAUAACUACUAACGGAAAAGUCAAUAAUAAAGUAGAUGAAGACAUUGAUCUGAAUCCGGUCAAUACUGUUGAAAAUACGCACCAAUCAUCUCAGCCAACAACUAUUUAAUUUACCACAACAACCUUUCCCAUUUUAAAGUUUUUAACAUUUUUUAAAAAAUAAUUUUUUCCUGUUAUAAAUCU